CUAUAGCGAUCUAAAAUAAAUUUUUUUUUCGAACCACCCUAAUAUACAGGCCACCCUGUAUAUGUCACUAAUAAGCUCAGAGGUUGAAGCGACUAUGUUUUUAAAAAAAAACAACAUUGACAGUUCCAGCCUUCGCCUUCUACUUCUCCGCCUAUGUGGUUGGUUCGUUAACCUGACGUCAGCUGAUUGGAAAAUAUAAAUAACCACGGAUAAUAGAAUCACAGUAGUAUUAACAGCGUUCUUGAUUUAGUAUUUUCAAGUAAAUUGUCGUGAAAACAAGUCAGUUUGUGAAGUUUCUAACAAAAUGUCCGAACAACACUUCGAUGAGUACGAACACUAUAAUUUUGAACAUGAGAAGCAUAUGCCAAGCAGCCAUAGCGGCAAACAAAGGAGCAAGAAAGAAGCUAGUGAACACACCAACCAUUUCGACCCCUCUGGACAUUCUAGAAAAAUCGCCACCAAAUUCAUGAACUCAGAAGCCAACAAGAAGAAAUCAGCAGUGUGACAGUGCCGAAAAAAUAAUCAAUUGGACUUAUUUCUGGGUAAAAUCGAUUGCGGAUUCGAAAAUAACAUUGUAGAAUAAAAAAACUCUCUCUAUGAGACAAUAAAAACUCUUUUUAUAUGUGAUUGAUAGAUUGUUAAGGUAUUUAAAAAGGUUUUCUUUUACUUUUUUCAAUAAAUUGUAAUGAAAUCUA